AUGCAGCGAGCGCAACGAGCCCUUGAAGACCUGAACACCGGAGAAAUUUUCAUGAAACUCAAACUCCUCGUCCUUGGACUCGUCACCACCGGUGUGCUCGUCGCAAGUGGCUACGGGCUGUACUCGCUUGGCAAACGCCAGGGCAGCGAUGGUUCGGCCUCACCGACGCCAGCGGUCUCCAAUGCACCUGGUGACAAGAUGGACCCCUCUUCAGAAAAGAAGGUGCUGUAUUGGCAUGACCCGAUGGUGCCAACCCAAAAGUUCGACAAGCCGGGCAAAUCGCCUUUUAUGGAUAUGCAAUUGGUACCCGUCUACGCAGGCGAAUCCGGCGACGAAGGAACAGUUUCCGUAAGCCCUCGCGUUCAGCAGAAUUUGGGCAUCCGCACCGCCGAGGUGACGCGUGGCGAAUUGACGUCGCGCGUGGAAGCUGCAGGCAGCAUCGCCUUCAAUGAGCGGGACCAGACGUUUGUGCAAGCACGAUCGACAGGCUUCGUCGAAAAACUGUUUGUUCGCGCCACGCUUGAUCCUGUGAGGAAGGGCCAGCCCCUCGCUGAGCUGUACGUCCCGGACUGGAUCGCUGCGCAGGAAGAGUUUCUCUCUGUGCGCCGCAUGCAGGGAACAGAUCUGGCGGUGCUCGUUGACAGCACACGCCAGCGCAUGCGACUGGUGGGUAUGACGGACGACCAGAUCAAGCUGGUUGAGCGCGCUGGCCGGGUUCAACCCCGCAUCACUUUGGUCGCGCCCACCAGUGGCGUGAUCGUCGAGCUGACGGCGCGUGAGGGCAUGACGGUCAUGCCGGGUUCACCGCUGUUUCGCAUCAACGGCCUGUCGACGGUGUGGGCUAUCGCGGAUGUGCCAGAGAGCCAGUCGGCGCUGUUGCGUCCAGGGACGGUUGUGGAAGCUCGUUCGCCGGCACUGCCGGACACGGUGUUCAAGGGCAAGAUCCAAGCAGUCCUACCGGAAGUCAACCAGGGCACACGCACGAUCAAGGCCCGCAUCGAACUGGCGAACCCCCAAGGGCGGCUUGCCCCGGGCAUGUUCGUGAGUGUCGCGCUGAACGCAAAGCCUGAGCAAGGGCUGAUGGUCCCGACCGAGGCGAUCAUCCAGACCGGACGCAGGCUGGUGGUCAUGAUCGCGGAAGGCGAUGGCAAGUUCAGGUCGGUGGACGUAGAGAUAGGCAACGAAUCCAACGGUCAGACCGAAAUCAAGCGUGGCUUGCAGGCGGGCCAGAUGGUGGUGACCUCCGGCCAGUUCCUAAUCGACUCCGAGGCCAGCCUCCGGGGUACCACCACGCGCAUGGAAGGCACAGGCCAGCCUUCUGGUGGUGAGGCCGCAGGUAGCACCGCCGCAUCCAGCGAGCACAGCGGCAAGGCCAAGAUCGAAUCCAUCGAGAAGGACGCUGUCACGCUGUCGCAUGAUCCGAUCCCUUCUAUGAAGUGGAGUGCCAUGACGAUGGACUUCGGCAAGCCGGCUGGCGGCAUUCCUGAUGGCCUCAGACCUGGCCAGACCGUUGACUUCGCGUUCACGAUGAACAAGGAAGGCCUCCCGGUGCUGACGCGGAUAGAACCCGCUGGUGCAGGCGCAAUGUCCAUGCCCAGUUCGGGCACCAAGGACACGAUACCGAUGGGCGCAAUGGGACAAAAGCAAUGA